AUGGCGGCAAGCAACUAUGAGAGCUACGUUGAAGAGCUUUCAACAAACAUUCUCUGUCUGGCUGGCCUGGCGAAGGUCAGCUAUAAAACCUUCACUUACACAAGUUCCACGGAAGAUCUACAACAGUUCUGGAAGAUAACAACAGGACUGCCCUCAGAGUCCCUCGAAGGGAUUUCCGAUCCAUUAAUAAGGGCUUAUGUUAGUCUACUCGCUGCAGGGGUUCCAUGCGCAUGGCGAUGGCAAGGAGACUAUAAUUUUCUCUCGUUCGGAGAACGUCUGAAUUGCACAAGAGAGCUCUGGGUAUUUUGGUUGAAUCAAGGCAAUAAUAGGUGGAUGGAUUCCGUCCAGGCAUUAAAGGAGGAGAGCGAAGGGUGUUUUUCUUUUGAGGAUCUUGAAUCUUCAGGCCUUCAAUAUCGUCUUUUCGUAAGAUCGUUGAGGAAUCUCAUCAGCCGGGGUUUAACGAGACACGGUUCUAUUCCUCUCGGAGAGUGGCAUUUAGUUUUAUCCUCCCUGGACAAGCCCAUUUCCGAAGGAAUGCCAGCAGUCCGUGUAAACGUUAAUUUAUCAUCAACAAAUCUGCUUGUAGCACCCUCCAUAGUGAUACGGCAUGUUCGGCCGCUAGAACUUUCGGACCUCAAAAAAGAUGGAACACGGGUACUGUUGGCUCCUCUCGGCAUAGAAGGAUCUAUUGUGGGUAGUGGCGCGUCUAUAUUGAAAGAAGAAGCUUCUGCAAUUCUUGCUGAAUUUCAGACACUAGCCGGAUUGUCUUUUUCCAAAUUGAAUUUACCGUGCAAGUCCGAUCUUCCCACAUUCUGCAUUGUGCGCUUGGUUGUUGGCGACGUCACGAAGGAAAUCCCAUAUCCAACCUGUGCCACUUUCGCGAUAUCAGGGGUUAAUGUAAAGGAUCAGACACGUUUGGCCGGGAUUGGACACAAACUUAGCUGCUUGGAGCAAGACUUUCGGGAUCAAAUUGGAAACUGGCUUCGGAUCUGCUUGGAGCGUGGCGUGCCGACGACGCCGCAUCCAAACAAUGAGAAACUCCACAAGUGGAACAUUCAAGAAAGUCAAGCCUUUUCAAAAUAUUCACUCUCGCUUAAACAAUUCGACGACUCGGUAUUACCGGACGAGGCAACAAAGAUGGAUUUCUUCAAGAGUGAACGUCCUUGGAGAAGAGAAGCACUUGCAAAGGUGAAUCUUGAUACUCAACCUCCAUCUAAAUGGUAUCAAUACGAAGGAGCUGUAUAUUAUGUAGAGAGAGAACGCCGAAGAUACGGAAGCCGACCGGGGACCGACUUGACAUACGCAUAUAAUCAGAAUUCUAUUGGCCCUGAGACGACAAUGACCCCAAACACGCCAGGGAUGGCAGGUAGUUCUUUGAAUAUGAAGUCACCAAGACAGCCGUUAACGCCUGGACCAUCGAGAACUGGGACGCACUCAACGCCGAACGACCAAGAACUACCCGCUUAUCCAUCCCCCCCAGACGUAGCCCCUUCUGACGAACCAUCGACGAGCCCAUCGAUAAUUCCUGCAGACAGCACACGAAUACUGAACGAGGAUGCAUCGGCAGUUGUGGGUGUCUCUGAUUACCACUUUUCGGAUUCAGAUGGGAAUAUUGAAGACGAAGACUUCGACUGGUUCGACGACCCGACUCCGGCUCCACCAUCGACAACAAUUGACACGCCCGCGGUUAUACAAAUAUCAACGCCGCAAAAAACUGAAGAAGUACGGACAAUAGAGCAAUUGACAUAUGUUCCAGGGAAACCGAGACCUUAUACACCUCCUGAAUAUACGCCACUUACGUUCAACUAUUCUGUGGACAGUUCAAAAUAUUUGAGGGAUAUAUUUAACAAUCCGCUGAAGAGAAAACGAGAAGACGACGAAACCGUAUCUGACUCGUACAACAUGGACAGUUUUUCCUAUACGCCUUCCUACGUACCAGAAUGCUUUAGAAAAAAACAAAAAGUUGACGAGUCAGAAGAUACGGCUGAAGAUGCGGUUGAAGAUACAGACAAUGAGAAUGCUGAAGAUACAGACGGAGAUACGGACGAAAGUGCGAGCGAAGAUACAGAAGAUGAUGCAGAAGAAAUAUCCGACUAUACAGACAUUAUUUAUUCAAAAAAAGAAGAUUCACUUGACGCAUCAGAUAUAGAAGUUGAAAGUUGGGCGCUGAGCUGUUCCGAAGACGAAGAAGAGCAUAAGGAAGAGUCCAAUCAUAUUCGUAAGCUUCAAAUGGAAAAUUGUAGUAGAUUUAUAAUGAUGUUUGAUUAUCAACUGCUUGAAGAGAAACUACUAAUAUCCGAGUCGCGUAAUGCGCCCAAGAGCAAGGAAGAAGAAUCACGAAAAUUCUGCGAAGCAAGUGCUUGUUUGAGAAAACAAGUGGUGCUUGCACCAUACCCGUUUGCCGGAGAAUAUAAGACCGGGGAGACUACGCGAGUAACACUAGAGAGAAAUCGACUGGCUAUGGAGGCUGUAAAGGGCGGAGUAAAGUCAACGGUUGCACCGCCAGCCGAGGCAGCAGGGGUAUUUAAUUUAAUGGUCGAUGUAUUAAAAGACAUGUCUGAAAGUAUAAAACCUUCGGAGCAGAUGUCAGAUGUAUCUGUACGUGGACCUUUGACUAUUUCCGAGUUUCAAGCCCUCAAUGAGCAGCAUCGAUAUCCAAAUUCAAAGUUUAUUUCGAAAACAAAGCAACCGGAACCAAAUCUCCAAACGCUUGGCGAGCCACAAGUGACAAUAGCCUAUGAUAAUGACGAUAUAGUCUGCGAUCGAGCUAUUCUCAAAAAUUGGACGGAGCAAAAACUAAAACCGCUUGGGGGAAAGAAGGACAUUCUUUGGUUUGCUGUAUACCCAGCGACUCAUGCAAUCCGGAAAAAGAAUGCUGACAACAGGGAUGUAAUUCGCUAUACGAUGCGCGAUAAAGUAAAAGAGUUUUGUUGCAAUGUUGGUGCUUGUUAUGAAGCAUGUAAUCUUGGUAAACAUGUUGCAGGUGAUCUUGCAAAGAGAGAUGAAAAUUUAGGGCUUCAUAGCGCGGCCAAGUAUUUGGAGAAGGACAUUACAUACACAGAGAAGAUAGUGAGAUUCACGCAAGAACGUGAAGCAGCUGAAGAAGAGCGUCGACGAAAAAGAGAUCGUGCAAAACAUGAAGGUGACAAGAGUUAUCAUGAUGAGACUGACGCUCAGAUUUAUGAAAGAGUCCAGAAGAGUAUUACACAAAACAAUCCGCAUAGAGGAUUAUACGAAAUUUCAGAUGCAUCUCGCAAACAACCCGCGGAGCCCAUAGUCGACGUGUACAUAAGAGAGUCUGCCGAUAUAGGGAAAGAGUUAGCUCAUCCUAUUUUCAGAAGGAAAGGAAAGGACAUUGUCAUAUACUUUGUCAAUAUAUUUACACAUACCACUGCCUAUCUCGAUAUUUGCAAGUGUUUUAUUGCCCUUAAGGAAUCCUUGUGCGAAAGCCUCAAGAAACGUGGAUACCAACCAAAUGUUACGCUUCAGAUAGUUCCCAUUGAACACGUUCUACAUCACAAUACCAAUUUCGAUAAACUAAAGUCGGGCUGUGAGGAAAUUGCAUUCUCGGUAUAUAAUAGAGCUAUGCUAGCAUUGGCACUGCCAUAUGAAGUUGGUGAUGAACCUGCAGAAAAGUCUGUAAAGGCGGUGAACAUUGAGAAUACAGAUCCCAGACACCCGACGAUAGUAUAUGCAAAUGAAACCCUCCACGUAUCAUAUGCAUUCAGUUUUGAUCGUCAGUGGAUUGUCUGUUUAUGGACAGAUGACAAGGGGCGUCACUUGGAGAGUUGUAACCUGCCAUCGAAGGGAAGGAAAAUCCGAGAGUUGCUAAACGAUAUAUGGAAGAGGACCGUUCAUGAAGUUAAACCGCGUUAUGCAUUUACUGCAUCGCAAGUUUUGGUAUGCAAACUUGGAGAGAUGAACAGAGAAGAACGUGAUGCCUGGUUGCAAUCCAAUGCAGAUAGCCAGUCACAAUGGUCCUUGUUACUUGUCUGUGUCGAUAUACAUUCCUGUCUCGAUCUUAUGCCAGUAGAAGGGAUAGUACUCCAUGUCGAUCCUGACCGCACGCCAGCCGAAGAAGGAAAAGUACUCCAAGGGGCUGGCCGCAAAGUAUCAGGCAUGGUACUAAAUCAUCCGAUCCCCAUUAAUGACAUGCGACCAGCGGCAAGUGGGUACAUUCUAGAGACAUUCCGAGGCAGUCGUCCAUCAACUGCGAUUAAAGUCACUUUGAUGAAUAACCCGACAAAUAAUUCGACAAACAAUUCGGCAAACGUGCCGACAGAUCGUAAACCAUCAAAAGUUCUUUGGGAUAUAAUUCGCAAAUAUAAUCGACUCGGAUAUGUAGAUUCCACUCCUUUGAAGACUCCGAACAUUAUUCCAAAUCAUUUAUUAGUAACAGAACGAAUGAUGCGAGUGUUUACAGAUAUCCCAACAUGCUGA